GUCAUCGUUCUUCUCUUUGCAUUUCCCAAAACGAAAUGUCGCAAAGGUCAAAACUCCUCGUCCUCUCCGCGAGCCACACCUCUCUCCUCUAUAAUUCUUCGUGACGGCUCCCACCUCUGACGAGAACCAAUCCGCCUGCUUUCCUCCUUCAUCCUCCGCUUCACGAUCCCCAUCUCUCUCCUCUAUAAUUCUUCUGAGCGGAGAAUCGAUCCGCCUCUUUUUCCUCCUCCUAGGGUUCGUCCAUCCGCAGCAGUCUGAUCCUUGCCGAAAUCCGCGGCGAAGGGUUAGAACAGAGGCGAUUUCGGGGAUCCUGUUUCGCAAGCCGCGCGACCUGAAGGAAAGGUGUCGCCUUGGUCCGGUUUUGUAACUGUAUUUUUGCCUUGCCCCUUCUCUGCAGCGGACGAAGCCAUGGCGAACUCGUGGAGUAGAGCGAAGAGAGCCUUCGGGCUCAAUCUUUGCGUCUCUAUGCCGCAAACCGCCGAUAUCGACGACGACGGCCCUCGUACAGCCGAGGCUGCGACCGGCGGCAGGAGGGACUCGACCGACGCCGCUUUCCCUUCGGAUUCUUCGCCAGGAGGCUCGACGGCGACGCAGGAACUACAGCCGCAGAUGCCCACAACGCCGAAUCCGUCCUCUGGUGGCCUCCGGCUUCGUAGAUCCUUAAGCAGAUCGACGAAGAAGACAUGCACCAUUUGUCUUGGUACCAUGAAAGCUGGGCAAGGCCAUGCUCUCUUCACUGCCGAAUGCUCUCACACAUUUCACUUCCAGUGCAUUGCCUUCAAUGUGAAAUAUGGCAACUAUGUGUGUCCAGUUUGCAGAGCUAAGUGGAAAGAGUUGCCCUUUCAAGCCCCCCUCACUGUUGAACAUCCUCAUGGUAGAGCCAGAGUAAAUCCAGUCAAUUGGUCACAGGAAGAUGGCCAAAUGACAGUUAUACGCAUGCUUACUCGAGCAAAUUCAGCUAAUCAGCAACACCGUCCAUUGCCUUUCUUCCAUGCUUCUGAACCGAGCACUUUCAAUGACGAUGAGCCUCUAAACUUCCAGCCAGUAACAGGGGGAAUUAUGCAGCCAAAAUCUGCUAGACGUGUAGAAAUCAAAUCAGUUCCAUUAUUCUCGGCCGUUCCAAAAUCAGUCUCCCAGGAGAACUUCAUUGUCUUGAUACGUCUGAAGUCCUCUAAUGCUAUCGGUGAACAAAGCCCUAGUAGAAACCUCAAUAUUGCUCCUGGAAUGUCACGGAGUUCUCGUGCUCCUGUAGAUCUUGUCACUAUACUUGACACCAGUGGCAGCAUGGCCGGCACGAAGCUAGCACUUUUGAAGCGUGCCAUGAGUUUUGUAAUCCAAAAUCUUGGUCCCCUUGAUCGACUUUCAGUUAUUGCCUUUUCAUCAACUGCACGGAGGCUUUUCCCCCUCAGGAAGAUGACAGAAUCCGGCCGGCAGCAAGCACUGCUAGCUGUAAAUUCAUUAGUGUCUAGUGGGGGUACUAAUAUUGCAGAAGGCCUCAGAAAAGGUGCCAAAGUGAUCGAUGAACGCAAGGAGCAGAACCCAGUAUGCAGUGUUAUCCUUCUAUCUGACGGUCAGGACACAUACACUAUGUCCUCCAAUUUGGGUAGAAAUCUUCAAACUCGUCCAGACUAUAGGUCACUUAUUCCAUCGUCGAUUCUUGGCCACACAACACACCAGAUUCCUGUCCAUACUUUUGGUUUCGGCACCGACCAUGAUUCCUCUGCAAUGCAUUCCAUCUCUGAGAUUUCAGGUGGAACAUUCUCUUUUAUUGAGUCUGAGAUUGUGAUUCAAGAUGCAUUCGCUCAGUGCAUCGGUGGGCUCCUAAGUGUGGUUGUGAAAGAGAUGCAUUUGACGGUGGAAUCUGUGCAACCCGGUGUGCAAAUUGUCGCGAUUAAAUCUGGCAGCUAUACAAAUAAGAUAGAAGAUAAUAUGCUAUCUGGAUCAAUCAAUGUGGCCAACCUCUAUGCAGACGAAGAGAGAGAUUUUCUUGUGUAUAUUAACCUACCACCUUCUCAAGACACUCGGCAGCUCAGGGUGCGUUGUGCAUAUGUAGAUGCUAUCUCCAAAGAAACUGUCAGUCUGCAAGAUGAAGUAAGGAUUGAAAGGCCAGAAACUGUCGUAUCAUGCACACCAUCUGUGGAGGUUGACAGACAGAUAAUUCGUGUCCAAUCUGCUGAGGCAAUGCAAGAUGCCAGAGAUGCUGCUGAUCAUGGUGCUUUAGAUGAAGCAGUAUACAUACUCGAGGAGCAGAGGAGGAGACUGGCUGACUCCUUGGCUCGACUGUCCGGUGACCAACUUUGCCUGGCUCUGGAUGCAGAACUAAGAGAGAUGCAGGAGAGGAUGGCUAGCCAGCAGAGAUAUGAAUCCUCUGGCCGUGCAUAUCUGCUAUCAGGGCUGAGCUCACAUUCAUGGCAGAGAGCAACAGCACGUGGAGACUCCACGGAGUCUGCUAGCCUCCUCCACGCUUAUCAGACUCCUUCAAUGGUUGACAUGCUCCAUCGUUCACAGAUAUUUUCCUCUUCCCCCAGGGUUCCCACCCGUCGUAUUCAAUCCUCAAGGUCAUUCUCUGGGCCACCUCAACUGAGGUGAUCCGUGUGAGACUGACAACCAUGUUCUGCAAGACAUGUACUUGUAGAACAUAGCUCAUAUCUUUUCUUCUAUUUGAAGUCAUGCAUGAUGGGUUCAGGUAUACUGGAGAAAGUGAAAGGUGGAGAUUCAAGUGGGAAAAAAAAUUGGGGAAUGCUUCAAGGGUGCAAGUGAAUAAAAACGGGAGAGGUGGCGAAAAAAUAUAUUAGGUUGUCUUUUUUCCUCUCUUUUCAUCUGAUUUUUGUUAUGUACUGGUGUAGAUAGUAGAUUUUCCCUUCAAAGGGGGUGACUAGUUGGUGGUAGUUGGAAAUAUGUGGGUUUUCUUUCCUCUUCAAUUUCAUAUACCUGCAUUUUUCUCUGUGCUCAAACA